CCUCCUUACAUCUGACUAAAGAUCACAUCAGUUUGUCUUUUAGUCCAUCUCGUAUCAGGAGGAACCUAUUUGGGGGUUUUAAACGUCAGUCCUCUCGGUUUCCUAGCGUUUUUGUCUCUUGUUCUGUGUUUCUUGGACUUCUGUUUCCAUGAGUUCGCAAAAGUUCAACAAUGGGGGUGACGGUUUUAGUGGGGACGUCAGUCUUUUGCCACCAGCUCCCUCUUACGCCUCCCCUCUUAUCGUUCGAGCUCCUCAACUUUCACUGUCAAACACUUUUGGCCGGACUGGCGGCGAGAUUGGCUUUCAGGUCCUGAGCCCCUCAUUUCCGCCCCAGGUGAAGAGGGGAACAAUGAGAGGCAACGGUGAAGCUGAUGGACCUUCAGAGGCCCAGAACAAGGGCUUGCCUUUCAAACUUGGCGAGGAGGACAUUGAAGCCAAGAGCUCUUCUGGCUCCAGGAAUGGACACACAAAGCUCUGCGCUAGAGGCCACUGGAGGCCAGCUGAAGAUGCCAGGCUUAAAGAGCUCGUAGUUCAGUACGGUCCUCAAAAUUGGAACUUGAUCGCCGACCAUCUCGAAGGAAGAUCAGGUAAAAGUUGCAGACUGAGGUGGUUCAAUCAGCUCGAUCCCAGAAUUAACAGGAGGGCGUUCUCUGAGGAAGAAGAGGCGAGGUUGUUGUCUGCUCAUAGAAUGUACGGGAACAAAUGGGCUAUGAUUGCCAAACUGUUUCCUGGGAGGACAGAUAAUGCGGUGAAGAACCACUGGCACGUGAUAAUGGCCAGGAAGCACAGAGAGCAAUCAAUUGGCUGUAGGAGGAGGAGGUCUUGUUCGGAAAUCAUCCGCCCAAAGGCUUUAAAUUUGACCCUCUCAAAUAAGGCAGUGAGCGAAUCCACCAACUCCAGCAACCUCAUCGAUGAAUCUGCCUCAUCCUCCACUGAUCUCUCCCUCAGUGCCACAUUGUUCCCAAACCCGAGCCCCCAGGGCCACGGAUCGCUGAUGGGUCUAUCCAAUGAGAUGAAGUCGAGAACUGGGGACGUGGGAUUCGACAGGAUGUUUGUCGGUAGGAACGGAUGUAAUGAGGGAAGAGCACAAAUGGGGAAGCUGAUGGGAGUAGUGGACCAAUCAAAUUCAGACUCAAACUCAGAAAUCUCAGUAUCUGAGUCAGUGGCCACCAACAGGACGAGCCUCUCAAUUUGUGGGGAAAGUGAGAACGGGGGCGAUAACAUGAACAUGCCAUUCAUUGAUUUCCUCGGGGUAGGAGCUGUAUGAUGAUUGAAAGAAAAGGCCUAAAUCGAGAGUGUGGGUUGGGGGGUCACUGUUCAGUCAGGAGCACCAUUAGGGUCCGUAAUACAGUAGGAGUUGCAGAAAAAAUGGGGAUGUAGCAGAAGUAGGUCCUAGAGGCACUCCAUUUUGUACAGUUAGUUUCACAAAAGGGCAAAAGGCACCUAAAAGUAAAAGGCGAACUCAUGACAGGGGAAGUGGGGAAAGAAAGGAAAAAACAGAGGGUAGGUCUAAGAGUUAUGAGUUUGAAAAAUAUAAUAAGAAGACAUGCCUUGGAUUUGGACGGGGGCAGAAACAAGAGGGAGAAAGGGAGGAUGGUGGGGUUCGUUAUUGGGUGAUGUUGUGGACUUUGGCGCUUUAUUGUGGAAGUAAAGCCGAGGUAGGUUGAAUUGGAUUAGACGGGGAGGGGUGGAAUGAAUGAAAGUAGUGGAGUCAUUAUAAUUGGUUGUUUACCUGGAAACAUGUGUUAUUGGGGUUUGGCACUUUUUCAACUGGGUAAACGUUUGGUAUUGGAUGUUUGACCCUGUUCUUUUACAUGUACCGCCCGUGACAAUUUAUACUGUAUAACUCCACCUCAAUAUUUUAUAUGCUUAACCAAUCGGAUCCUUUUCGUUG